AUGAUGAUUCAGAAACUCCCAAAGGAUUUACCUUCGUUCUACAUCAAAUUGUAUCAGAUUGUGGAUGAUUCUUCAUCGGAUCCGAUUAUCUCGUGGAGCAAAAGCAGCAACGACAACAGUUUCGUCGUUUGGGACUUGAAAAAGCUUCAGAGAGACGUUCUUCCGAAAUCCUCAGGAUCGGGCAGAAGUUUAAAAGAGUUUUUAGCAGAGCUUCGCAAUCAUGGGUUUAGAACAGUCGUCAAAGGUCCCGGGGAAUUGGAGUUCGUACACGAAGAUUUCGCCAGAGGACUUAUGACGAAGAAGAUGAUGGCCAAAGCCUUGUCCGAGAGGAUUGAGAGAGUCGAUGCUCAAAUCAAAGCUAUGAAGUGUCGAGUCAAGUCGAGGAAAGCUAAUCUCCGAGUAGAGAAUCUCUUCCAAAAAUUACGAAUCUGA